AUGGGGGUUUUCCUGCGCAGCCAUCUGCACUGGAUAAUGAGACGUGACCCGAUGCAGAAUUCGGCAAAAGUGCUGGUGGCUUUUGAUAUUCAUACUGAAAAAUCCGUGGAGGCACACCAGCUUAGUUUUAAAGACAAUAGGUUUCCAAUGUAUUUGGCCGUCCUAGGAGGGCGUCUUUGCUUUAUUACUUAUCGUGAGCAAGAAGGGGGUGUCCGUGCAUGGAUUAUCAGUGGAUAUGGAUCAGAAGAAUCACGGGAGAGUUUGUUCAGGAUACGUGACUACUUGAUGGAUGGGGUACUUCUCCAGCCAUUGGCUUACUCCCAGAACAGUCGUCAAGUUUUGCUGCUGUACCAUCGGACUCUCGUUUGGUACGAUUUACUUACCCAUGAUGAAAAGCCGUUCCAUAUAAACGGCAUGCCAGGCUUCUUCAAAGUAGCAACUUGUUUCUUCACAGAGUUGCACCUCAAGCGAUUCGUGAUUCUGUGCCUCUUCAGCGUGGAUCCUCCGAGACUCUACUUUAUCGGUUCCCUGACGGACGUGAUGGAGAAAGAGCACCCUCAAGGGUGGCAACGGAUCCGGUUGCUAGGGUCUUGCAAUCGCGUAUUUUACUUUUCUAAAGCGGACGACGGCCACGUUGCUCUAUGGAGACAGGGGAUUUUUGGGUCUUGCCACCUGCAGCCGCUGAGAUACCCCAUGGAUUGGAGAUGGCUCGAAGGGAGCGUGGUGCCGGCGGACCUGCAGCAGCAGCAGCAGCAGCAGCAGGCGGCGAAGAAGAAGGGCCAGCCGCCGCGGAGCUGGAUCCUCCUCGACACGGCGGGGCAGGGGACGGUGCUCGACGUCGACAAGUACGCGAUCAUGCACCGCGUGCAGAUCCACGCGCGGGACCUCCGCAUCCUCGACCCGCUUUUGUCCUACCCCUCCACCAUCCUCGGCCGUGAGAGGGCCAUCGUUCUCAAUUUGGAGCAUAUCAAGGCAAUUAUCACUGCCGAAGAGGUGUUGCUUCGAGACCCAUCAGAUAUAAAUGUUAUACCAGUUGUUGAGGAGCUCCAACGGCGAUUAGCUGUAAAUGCCAUAUGCCAGGGUCAAGAUGAUGCAGAAGAGUACUCUCAUGUACAGAAUGAUGUUGAAGCUGGGGAAGAUGAUGAGUCUCCAUUUGAAUUUCGUGCCUUGGAGGUAGCUUUGGAAGCAAUUUGUAGCUUUCUUGCAGCACGUACUACUGAAUUGGAGACUGCUGCUUAUCCUGCUUUAGACGAGCUCGUCAAAAGUAGGGACGAGCUUGAGCAACUACUAGAUGAUGAUGAUGAUAUGGCUGACUUGUAUUUGUCAAGAAAACAAGUUGGUGCAUCUUCCUAUAAGUGGUUCAGGAGCCCAAAAUUGGUUUCUGUUCCCCUACCAUUGGCUCAAAAAUAUCUCGAGCCAGUAGGGCGAGUGUGGCAACAGUUCGUGGAACGAAGAUGA